UACUUUUGUUGGCAUACAUAUCAAAAUGUAUGAAAAUCGAGUAAUAGAUAUCAUCUUUUGAUAUAAUCAUGUUUGUAACAUGACGGAAUCCCGAUCAGUGCACACCACACAAUUCCAUAAACACAUGGAAAAAUGAUGGUGCAACAACUCGUUUGUUUUACAAUAUUGUGCAACAAGCAUUUGUCGCUUUGAAUUGAUUACUCAUGUUAACGAUAUUAGGCUCCCAACACUACAGGAUCAUCUACAGAAUAUGGCAACAGACUGCCAACUACAUACAUAGGCCAAUAUACGGGAAGAAACGGGUUGGCACAUUUGACACAGUUCUGUCAUUAAGGGAAAAGUCUUCAGGCCAAGUUGUAAAGUUUUUUUCACUCAAGAGUAUGGAGUUGCAAACAAAUUCCAGGUCUGAAGAACUCUUUCCAGAGGGUAAUGUAAAUAAAAGUGAAUCAAAUACAGAAAGAUCCCCGGAAAGUUGGCUGGAAGAUGGCUUUGGUAUUCUGUUUGAUGAAAGUCAAAGUUCCAAUGAAUUAUCUGUCAAGAAAAAGGAGGGGUCAAAAAAGGCAAAGGCCUGUAUGAAGAAGGGCAUGGAGGAGAAUUUAGAGGAUGGACCGAGUAAAUCUAAAAAGAAAAAGAAAAAUGCAAAAAAGAUUUCGGAAAUGCCAGAUCACUUCAUCGCUUUACAAAUUAGGAAUCCUGAGAUCCAGAAAGAAUUUGCUGAUGUUCAGGAAAAAAUUGUAUCCCAGAGUCCUUCACUAAUCCACGCUAUGGUGUCUGUCCAAAAACUCCACAUUACAGUGAUGCCUGUUUGUCUCCCGACUCAGGACCGUAUAGACAUAGCCAAGUCUGCAUUGGAUGAGUGUGCUGCCAAACUACAUACAGAUUACAGGGACCGAUUGAUCGUGCUUGGAGUGGCAGGGAUAGGAAAUUUUAGGAAUAAUGUCUUGUUUGCUAAAGUUGCUGCAUCAGAUCCAAGUCAGCACAAUGUUUUGCAGCACAUAUCUGAUGUGGUGAAUGACUCAUUUGCUGAACAUGGUAUUAAAAAUACUGACAAGAAGUCUGAUUUCAAACCACAUAUUACGAUUGCAAAGUUGUCAAAGAACUUUCGUAAACUCAGAUUGGAAGGUAUAAAAAAGAUUGACCCUUCACUGUAUGAAGACCAAAUAGACAGACACUUCGGCCAUCAAGUCCUUACCUCAAUACAGCUCUGCUCCAUGUUCAAAAAGGACCUGGCAACUGGUUACUAUAAAAUACUACACGAAGCAAGCUUUGGUCCUCAGCAAAUUUCAAAUUUGACAUUAGAAAAGCAGUCAAGUGAAACAUCAGCAGCAGAUAUUAUUGUGCAGUGGAGUGUAAAAUCGGCCAUGGAAAAAUGUAUGGCUACAACUCGCGUGGUGGAGGAUGAAUCCAAGUAUGUAAAACCAGAGGAAAGCAGACAUGAUACAGAACUUUUAUCUAAACUUUCUGAUAAUGAAAAACGCACCAGGUGUGAGGAGGAAUUAGAUACAGAUUCUGACUUGUGUUCAACAUUAGUGAAUGGCACUUUGCUGAAAAAUGUCAACCACGAUCCUGAAGUCAAUCAAGUUGACUCAUUUUCUAAAGUUGAAGUAGUCAAAGUUUCAACUGAGGAGGAAAUUGAGAAAGUUUGUAGGUCUGAAGCAAAUAUCAGUUCAGAUGUUAAUACACGUGUUAUUGAGAGUUCCAAGGAAGAAAAAGAGAGUAGUGAUACUUGAUGAGGUAUAAUACCCCAGGUAAACAGUAUAGUGUGUUUAUUGUCACAAUGAUGUAUUGCCUUAUAUUUCAACAUUAUAAGGCUGUAUCUAAUCUAUCUAUACUCCGUCAUCAAUAUGCAUAUCACUUGACAUGUCUUUUGUCGUCAGUAAAAUAUUUACACAUGUAGUUCAUCAGCAGUGUUUAGGUUAUUGAAGUUAGAAAUCAUGAAAUCAUUACAUUUUCAAAAUAUUAAGAAGAAUUCUUUGCAUCAUUCUCUUCAGGGCAUUUUUUAAGGUGUAGUGUUUAGUUAGAAAACUUUAUAUUUUUUCAUAUAUUUUUAAAGGGAGGUGAGGUGCAGUAUACAGUAAAAUCAUAUAUUUUUGUAGAGUUGAAUUUUCAUAGUACCCUCUCCUCCAAACAUAAAAAUACUAAAAAAUUGCUCAAUAUACGUCCUUAAACCAAGUAUAUCAAUUUGUGGACAUAUGAAUUUGCGGAUCAAGAUAGUUCACAAAAUUAGCAAAAAUAAAUUUCCCACAAAAAUGAAUCAUUUCACAGUAUUUCUGUAUGAGAGAGAUACUUGCAGCAUAACUUGACACAUGUAAGAAGAUAUUGAUAAUAAAGACAAAUAUGACACAUUAAUGAAUGCACAUUUACAGUCAUGGUGCUAAAUUUUCAUUUCUUUUUCUAAAUAUUAUAUAAACUUUUUCCAUUAUAUUAGUUUAUUGAAUGAAAAUGU